AUGAAUUCGUCAGAGCACAGACCAGACUGCACCAAUCAAUGCAAGUCAGUACAACAUGGGGAAAUAAUUACUGCAGCUAUCUCAAAGCGCAGCAUAUCAGACUAUGAUUUAUGUUCUUUCCUCAAUUUUCUAUGCUCGCGUUGUGAAAGUGUAGUGGACUCUGUUGGAAGGACUGCCUUGCAAGUAGCUGCCUCUUGUGGUAGAUUGGAACUGGUUAAAUGGUUGAUCCAUUCAAGACAUGCAGAUAUCAACCUAAAAGAUCGAGAGUCAGGGUAUACUGCAUUGCAUAGGAGCAUUUUUUAUGGGAAGAUGGAUGUAGCAGUAGAACUCAUCAAAUUAGGUGCCUCUACAUCAGAUUUGGAUGCAGAUUGUCUUACUGCCAUUGAACAUUCCAUGAAGGAUGGGUUAAGGCCAUUUUCGGGAACUAAUGGCGGAGAGCUAUACUCUUGGGGUUCAAAUAACAAUAAUCUUCUUGGUCCUCAACCAUCAAGGCAGUCACCAGAGCUUUUGGAUAUAUUUCACAAAGAAUUCUCCAAGGAAUCUGUCAGACAGAUGUGCAUUGGUCAAUUUCAUAGUAUUAUUGUCACAGAAUCAGGAAAGGCAUUAUCAUGUGGGCAUGGUCAAGGUGGUAGGUUGGGACUAGGUGAUGAAAAAGCAGUUGUUACCCCACAACUUUUGAGUUUUUCCAAUGGCCAAAAGGGGGAAGUUAUAUCCUGCAUACAAGCUAGUAUUUCCAGGGAUCAUAGUAUUUUUUUGUGUUGUGAUGGAAAUGUAUACACUUGUGGACUGAACACUUACUAUGUAUUGGGUCAACUCCCACCACCAGAAAUAGUAUUAGUACCAAAACCCAUUAAACAUUUAUCCAAAGAAAUUUCAGGAGUUUGUGCUGGUCAGUUUCAUUCUGUAGUGUGGGGCCCAGAGGCUUUGUACACCUGGGGCCUCAAUGCUGGACAGUUAGGACACAAAGUGAAUGACAAGAAGAAGGAACAGUUUGUGGUCACCCCCAGAAUUGUCAAUAUUGUGAAUGACAUUAAUAUAACUUGUGUGGCAGCUAGCAAUGGUGCAACUGCAGUGUGUACAAAAAGGGGGGAUGUUUAUUUGUUGCAUGAGUAUCAAUGCAGAAAAAUAGCCUCAAGGUUACUGAAUGCAGUACAAAUCAGUAUUGUGGGUGGAAAAUUGGAAUCACCUCUUCUAGACAGAGAGUUGACUAAAGAACUUCACAAGGAAUUGAAAGUUGUAGUUUUAACAAACACUGGCAACCUGCUGUUAUGGCAAGAAUUGGAUCAACAGUUAUGCCGAUGCAUUUAUUCGAUAAAUAGAGCAAUAAUAGUUAGACAAGUAUCUAUGAAUCUCAAUGAAAUGUUGCUUGUUUCCAACUGUGGGGAGGCGUUCAAGGGUAUCAUCAAACCAAGAAAGAAGGCUGUGACAAAUUCUACUGACAAAAAUACGAAAAACUCGUUUCAUAAUUUUUUAGACAAAGAGGAUUGUGUUGUUGUUUCAUUGCAAAAGAUUUCGAGGAUACAUAGGGCAGUCUCCAUUCAGAGUGAUUUGAAAGGAAGGGAUUAUUGUGUGGUACAGGCUCUACCAUACAAAACCUUCACAUUUCCUCAAAUUACAAAAUCAGAAAUGAAACAUGACCUUGAGACUUUACUGAAAGAAUCAGACGAAAACGAUAAUAUUCACGACGUGAUAUUCAAGGUCAGAAACAGAAUCUUUCCUGCCCAUCAAUACAUAGUAACUAAGAAAAGUGCGUAUUUCGAGAAAAUCCUCAACGACAAAUACAGUUCUGUUGAUUUGGGCAACAUCAAUCCAGAUAUAUUCGAACAAUUCUUGGAAUUUGUUUACACUGGCGAAUGCCAAUUGUCAACUUGUGGUGUAUUAAAAAGCGAAGGUCUCCGCAAGCUAUGCCAUGUGAAAGAACACACGAAAAAAACCGACGAUAUAAUAAUUGACACAGAGAAUAUACCGGCAGACAUGUCUGCAUAUGAAUAUUACAGUAAAGAGGACAAGGAAGACAACAAGCAAAACGGCAAACAUUCUAGAAAUCCCGUUCGCCUGCUACACGAGUUAGCAAAAAAAUUCGAGUGUACAACAUUACAGAAAAUCUUGAGCAAUUUGGAUAUGAACAAUUAUACAAUCAACCAUAAAACUAACAUUUUGACAGCUCCAAUCAGUAUGCCUAAGUUCAACAGACUCGAUUUUCCUAAUUUGCAUGAUGUCACAGUGAAAUGUCGAGAUGGCAAGGAACUCAGAGCCCACAAAUGCGUUCUAUCUGCCAGGAUGGAAUAUUUCAGUAACCUGUUUUCAACACGAUGGGGUGGAGAUCAAACAUCUGAAGUAAACCUACCUUACGCCAAAAGCACAGUUGAAGCUCUACUUGAAUUCCUCUACACAGACUCUCUUUCAAGUCUAAAAGAUAUCGAACAUGAUAAUCUGUUCAAGGUGUUAGUGUUGGCAGACCAGUUAUUUGUCUUACGCCUCAAAGACCAAUGUGAAAUGCUUCUGUCGGAUACUCUCACCCUGAAGAACGUCGUUCAAAUACUGUCCUUCGCUCACCUCUACAAUGCGGAGAAACUGAAAUACUGUUGCAUGAAAUUCAUCAUUUCAAACAUAACACCCCUAUUAGAAAGCAGAAUGCUGGAUGACCUUGAAGUCGAUCUGCUAAAAGAAUUAUCAGAGUUCUACUUCAAUGAGAAUGAAAACGUCUGGUGCAGAGUAAUAACACCUUAUUCCAUAGCUCUUCAAGACGAAAUCAUUCUGUCUAUUGGAACAGCUUAUCCGGUUGAUCUUACAUGCAUCGCCGAGGUGACCCCGGUGAGAUCCAGUCAGAAGAAAAGACAUCGGGUACAUAAGACGUCCGAGAGACAUGUCUCUAUUUCAGUAGAGAACGAUACCAGCCUGGAAGAGAUACUGCAGUUUCCAGAUGAGCCGGAAUCGGUACCUGAAUCCAGAGAUUUGCCUACUCGCAUCAAGUCAAUUAUGCUAGCCAGUACAAGGAUGAAUUCUGAAAGUGUCGAGCAUAAUUUUACCAAACUGGUAUCCCAGACGGUUAGCGGUGAUUUCAGUUCGUCAUUGGAAGAGUCGUUCGAUUUUCCAGAGUUGAGCAGCCCUCCCAACCAUCCUCUGCAUGGGUUUUCCCCCAAGAGCCCUCCUCAGAGGGUGGUGCCGAAGCUCAAGAUGGUAAAGUUGUCACAAAAGCAGAGGAAGAAGUUGUCUUCUGAAAGUCAUAGUGAGAUUGUAGCUCAGAGUCCUCCAGUUUCAACUCCGCCAAAAAAUCCAUGGAAACCAAUUCCAGAUGUGACUGGUCCAUUGUUGAAAGUGGAUGCAGAACGUAAUAUAGGCGACAUCAUAUUAGAUGAAAAGAAGCAAAAGGAGAAUUUGAUUAAACUCAAGAGUAAACCACUCGUUUGUACUCAGAUUGAAGAUAAAGCCAUAGAUGACUUGCAUAAGUUUUACAACACUGAAAAUGUGUUGGACGAAGUUAUCAUCAUUGAAAGAGUCAACUCUGGGGCCAUUGCUUCUCCUGUAUGGGUGCCCAGGGCCAAACAGAUAUGUUGA